AUGGUUGCUCCAUGGGGUGACUCUUCCUCAGUGGGGAGAAAGCAGCUGCUGCAGCUGAUCGUGCUUCACACAGCCUGGUUGAUGGGGAGCGGCCAGCUCCAUUAUUCCGUGCCUGAGGAAUCCCAGCAUGGCACCUUCGUGGGCCGCAUCGCCCAGGAUCUGGGGCUGGAGGUGGAUGAGCUUAUGCCUCGGAUGUUCCGGAUGGAGUCUGAAGAUCAUGGGGACUCUUUUGAGGUAAAUGUCCAGAAUGGGAUUUUGUUUGUUAAUUCCCGGAUAGACAGGGAGGAGCUGUGUGCCAAGAGCCCUUUGUGCUCUGUUCACCUGGAGGUGAUUGUGGAUAAGCCUCUGAGGGUCUUCCAUGUAGAGGUGGAAAUCAAGGACAUAAAUGACAAUUCUCCUGUUUUCUUGGCAAGUAAACAGUCCCUCAGUGUUGCAGAAUCAAUGCUGCCUGGUACACGUUUUCCUCUGAAGGGAGCCUCAGAUGCAGAUGUUGGUGUUAAUGCUCAACUGAAGUACAAGCUUAAUUCCACAGAAUAUUUUGUUAUUGAAGAAAAAAUAAAUGACCAGCAGAGUGUAUCAUUGGCACUUGUUUUAAAUAAACCUCUGGACAGAGAGAAAAUCCCUGUGCAUCGUUUAGUGCUAACAGCUACUGAUGGGGGUCAACCGGAACUCACAGGCACAGUCCACCUUGAGAUCACUGUGAUGGAUGCAAAUGACAAUGCACCUGUAUUUAAUCAAUCUGUUUAUAAGGUGAAAUUGUUAGAAAAUGUGGCAGAUGGAACAUUGGUUAUUCAUCUCAAUGCAACAGACUUAGAUGAAGGAACUAAUAAAGAAAUCACCUACUCCUUCAGUAAUAAUGUUCCUUCCAAUAUAUUUAGUAUACAGUCAGAUACAGGUGAAAUCAGGGUAAAAGGGAAAGUGGAUUUUGAAGAUAUUAAUAUGUAUAAUGUUGAAAUUGAGGCAAAAGAUAGAGGUAGCCCACCUUUGUCUGGGCACUGCACUAUCCUUAUUGAAAUUUUAGAUGUAAAUGACAAUGCUCCUGAGAUGUCAUUGAAGUCCAUGCUGGUGCCUUUGCCUGAAGACUCCUCGCCAGGGGCAGUGGUAGCCCUGAUCAGCAUCUCAGACAAGGAUUCUGGAUCCAAUGGCCAAGUGAGCUGCUCUCUGUGGCCCACUGGGCUUCCAUUCAAGCUGGUGCCCACCUUCAAAAAUUACUACUCACUAGUGCUAGCUGAACUUGUGGAUCGAGAGCAGGUGGCUGAGUAUGGACUGGUGGUUGUGGCCCAGGAUCAAGGGGUUCCAUCAUUAUCAGCAAGUAGCAGCCUAGUGGUGCCCAUUAGUGAUGUGAAUGACAAUGCACCUGCUUUUGCUCAGCCAUUCUAUACGGUCUUUGUGAAGGAGAAUAAUCCACCUGGUGCCCAUAUCUUUACAAUGUCUGCCUCAGAUCCAGACGUGGCUGAGAAUGCCCUAGUCAGCUAUUGGCUUGAUGAGAAGCUCUGGUCGCUGUCAAGCUACAUCUCGGUGCACUCAGAAAGCGGCAAGAUCUAUGCACUGCAGUCCUUAGACUAUGAAGAGAUGAAGUUGCUGGAAUUCCAGGUGAGGGCCAAGGAUGCUGGGCUGCCCUCUUUGUGCAGCAAUGUGACAGUGCAGGUGUUUGUGGUGGAUGACAAUGACAAUGACCCAACAGUAUCUGGACAAGGGGAGGCCCCUGUCAAGCUGGUGGUCCCUGUCAUGGCUGGCCACUUAGUGAGCAAGAUCCAUGCCCUGGAUGCUGACUCAGGCUACAAUGCAUGGCUACGCUACGAGUUGCAUGAAUUGACCAGUGGCCCCUGGCAAGUGGGACUGUACAGUGGUGAGAUAAGUACCAGACGUGCCCUGAAUGAGGCAGAGGGCAGCAGCAGCCAUAGUUUGCUGGUGUUGGUGAAGGACCAUGGGAAGCCACCGCGAUCAGUUACAACUACAUUGAGUGUGUCUCUGGUGCCAAACACCCAGAUGUUCCACGAUGAUGUCCAUCUUCCCAGGAUGGGAGGUGGUUCAGGACCCCUGGUGGACAAUGUCAACAUCUACCUAAUCAUUGCCAUCUGCUCAGUGUCCAGCUUGUUCCUGCUUGCAGUCAUCUUAUAUGUGGUUCAGCGAUUCCACAGGCAAGCAGAGGAGACAAUGGUGUAUGGUCCCGGCACAGCCACGCUGGUGUGUGCAAGUGAAGUGGGCAGUUGGUCUUACUCAAAUCGCCAUAGCCACAUUUUGGCAGGAGUGAGUGGAGAGGCUGGAGCCAAAAGUGAUCUCAUGGUUUUCAGCCCCAACAUUCCUGUCUUUGCAGAGAAUGGGGAUGUAGGGAUUAUGACGGAGGUGGUCCCUAAUUCAUCUGGGCAGGUGAGUCUCUACUAUUCAUUUCAGUUUGUCAUGUGAUGUACCUGUCUUGGGAGUAUGUUUCAAAUACUCACUUGGAUAUAAUAGCAUGAUUUCAAUGUUUAAAAAUGACCUGUUUGUUCGUUUUCUUGGUGGUAGAAGAGUAAUAUAGCUUUGGUUAUAGAUUAGCCACCUGGGUCCGGGAAUUCCAGCACAAACACAACUUGAUGGAAUAAUUUCUGCUCAUUAUAAAACAUGUUACUUGAAUAUAUAGUCAUGCAGAAUAUUUUGAGCUCUGACCAGGAAAUCAAAGAAUACACUGAGCUUUGCAGAAUGCCUUGAGCUUUGAUCAGGAAAAGAGAUUUAAAGAUAUUGGGCAGCAUUGCUGUUUGAAAUAAUAUUGUAGUAAUUAUGUUUUGGCAAUAGCGUCUGGAACCCAGUUAGCCUACUUCAUCUCAGUUGUUAAUGAAAUAUUUUAAAUGCAUAAAAACUCUAUAUUAGAUACAUAAGAGCACACAUUAUUAAAACUCCAACUCCACUUUUUUCCAUUCUGAAACCUAUUUCCUCAUCUACAUGGAUUCUCUUGCCUCUGAGAAAUGUAAUCUUCCCUCACAAGCCAAACCUCCUGCCAAAUCAUGCAAGAAGGCAAUAGCAACAUUCUCAUUAAACACAUAAACUCUCCAUGUUUGCAAGAGAUGUACCUCACACCAUCUAACACAAGAUGAACACCCAGUGCUAGGGAAGAUAUGUAGGAAGUACCAUAAGCAAACGUCUUUGCAAUAGCAUGUUGUGCAAGCAGGCAGGCAAGCAAGCAAAGGGCGUCCAGGACUCUCCCAAGAUGCAACACUACAGCUUGCCUACAGACACAGUGUUUAGGAAUGGAGAAAACAUUUGUCACAAUACACACAAGACUCAAGGAAGCAUCAGUAAAAGAAGAGAUGAACACUGGAGCUGUAAACUCUGUCCCUAAGAGAAAUGCAGUAGAAUAUCUUAGGACAUAAAACUAACAUUGUAUAAGUGAAAACAGGAGGCUACAUGGGUGAUCCUCUCCAGGUGAUAGAGACGUGUAGUGUCAUAAAUAGGUACAAUGAAAGAUGCCAGGCUCUAGAUCAUAAUAUUCCAAAUUAACCAGCUAUGCCAAUAUUGGGCCUGAAGGACCUACCAUCCCUAAACUUGAUUUUAAAAAUCUUACUGAAAUUAGAACUGACUGACAAAUUCCCAGAUGAUUUCUUGACUUGGUUGUGGGUCUAAGAUGUUUCCUGGGAUGAAUCAAACAGUGGUUGCCCCUUGCCAUCACAUGGAAGACGAAGAAGGAACUUCAGCCUAUGGAGCAGCAAAGUACAAAUGAGAAGGCUGAAGGACCUUUACAUGGUUGUAGCUCUUCUGCCAAUGGAUAUGUGUGGAUCUCCAAAACCAGAACAAAGCAAUAUGUGAUAAUAUCAAUGUCUAAACAUGCUCAACCACAUCACUCACAAACUGGCAGCCAUAAUUACGUUUUACUGUUCUUGAAGCCCAGGCUAGACACUGGCAGAGCAAACAGAAUGAAAACAGCAACAAAUUCAUUAGCACACCAUUCAAGAAUUAGCAAUUCAAAUUACUAGCCUUUCCCAGUAGUGAUGUAUGGAAGUGAAAGCUGGACCAUAAAGAAGGCUGAUCGCCGAAGAAUGGAUGCUUUUGAAUUAUGGUGCUGGAGAAGACUCUUGAGAGUCCUAUGGACUGCAAGAAGAUCAAACCUAUCCAUUCUUAAGAAAAUCAGCCCUGAGUGCUCACUGGAAGGACAGAUCCUGAAGCUGAGGCUCCAAUACUUUGGCCACCUCAUGAGAAGAGAAGACUCCCUGGAAAAGACCCUGAUGUUGGGAAAGAUUGAGGGCACAAGGAGAAGGGGACGAUAGAGGAUGAGAUAGUUGGACAGUGUUCUCGAAGCUACGAACAUGAGUUUGACCAAACUGUGGGAGGUAGUGGAAGACAGGAGUUCCUGACCAUGGGGUCACAAAGAGUUGGACAUGACUAAACGACUAAACAACAGCAAGCAUAUCAUCUGGCAUAUUAUCUGCAUGGUCUAAAACAGCGAAACACAAAUAAGAGGGAUACCUCCUUUCACGAGAGAUCUUAGAUCCAGAAGUCUUAUUUGUAUAUUAUACAGAUUCUUGACACAGCACAUACCCAAAUCGGACGCCACAGAAUGCACAAAUAAAGUGUGUUAUCAUACUGUUAAUGUAUCCACCUGAAGAAUAAAGGAAAAGAUUUGUGCUCAGAAGCAGUAUGGCGCAAAAGUAUGUAAAUAAGAAUGGUGAAGAAAAGGUACACCCACUGUAUCCUCUUUGGUAGUUUGGGGAACCUCUGAUUUUUGGCUCUCAUGCUAUUAUCUUUUUGGAAUGUAACAAUGUUCCACUUGGUCUAUCAUGGCCAUAGUGCUUCUUUUUCUCACAUUUCCCAUUUUUCAUUCAUCUCUACCCCCACUUUCUCCCCCAAUAUUAAAGUGAAUCAUCUUUCUUUAAUAUGAAUGAAAACAUACUCUCCUUUGUACAACACAAACUUUUAAGAAUGGAAACUCUCAAAGGCAGGAAUGUGAUCUUAAAAAACUGCUGCCACACAGGAGUAAUUAUAUAUCCACAUACACAUAAAUCUUAUGUCAAAUGAUUACAAAGAUAAAUAUGACUAUCUUCACAUACAUUUAAAGAAGCAUAAGAAAACUAGAAGAAUACAGAACACCAGAAAACAAAAAAGCCCAACCAAAUAUUGCAAGAAUUGCAUUUUUAAAUCUCUUCACAGGGUGUCACUCUUUACUGUUAAAUACCUCUUGCAGACUCAUAGGAGAGCUCCUCCUCCUUGCUGUCAUCAGAAAAUAGGCAGCACCAAAAGUGAAGGAGCACAAAGGAUAAUAGCAAGCUGGAUUAACCACCCCCCCACUCCAAUAUUGCACAUAACAGAGGGGGAUUCAAAGGAAGAUAUUUGAUAUGGUUGUUCCUUGGAGAGACUACUCGGUGAGGAAGCAGCUGCUGCAGUUGGUCCUUCUUCACACAGCCUGGAUGGUGGGGAGUGGCCAGCUCCAUUAUUCUGUGCCGGAGGAAUCCCAGCAUGGCACCUUUGUGGGCCGCAUUGCCCAGGACCUGGGGCUGGAGGUGAGUGAGCUGGUGCCUCGGAUGUUCAGGAUAGUUUCCAAAGAGCACAAGGAUUAUUUAGAGGUAAAUGUGCAAAAUGGAAUCUUGUUUGUGAAUUCUAGGAUGGACAGGGAGGAGCUUUGUAGCAAGAACCCUGUUUGUGCCAUUCACCUGGAGGUGAUUGUGGAUAACCCCAUGAGGAUCUUCCAUGUGGACGUGGAGAUUGCAGACAUAAACGACAAUGCCCCUGUUUUCUCAGCAAGUGAGGAAAAUCUGUCUAUUCUAGAAUCAAGACUUGCAGGAUCCGUUUUCCCUCUAGAGGGAGCUUUAGAUGCAGAUGUUGGUACAAAUGCACAGUUAACUUACCACCUCAGCCCCAGUGAUCAUUUCAUGUUAGAUUUCCAAAGGAGCAGUGAGGACAAUUCCUUAGGCUUUGUAAUAACAAAGCCGUUAGACAGAGAAGAUAUUUCUGUGCAUCGCUUGCUGUUAACAGCCACGGAUGGUGGCCAACCUGUGCUAACGGGAACAGUUCAGCUGGUGAUCACAGUGCUUGAUGUGAAUGAUAACCCUCCUGUCUUUAACCAAUCAGUGUACAAGGUACAAAUGUUAGAAAAUGCUUCCCUUGGGACGUCAGUGGUUAAGCUCAAUGCCACUGAUGUGGAUGAUGGCAUUAAUAGAGACAUUACAUACUCUAUUCGUAGUGUAAUCCCACCUAAAUCAAGUACCAUGUUUAGAAUAGAUCCAAAUACUGGACAAAUUUUACUGAAUAAUGAAUUGGAUUAUGAGGACACUAAUUCAUAUGAAAUUCGAGCAGAAGCAACAGAUAAAAGUGCUUACCCCUUGUCUGGACACUGCAAGGUUUUAAUAGAAAUUCUGGAUGUGAAUGAUAAUAUUCCAGAGGUGUCAGUGACUUUCCUGUUGGUACCAGUUGCAGAGGAUUCUUCACUGGGGACAGUCGUAGCCUCAAUCAGUGUCUCAGACAGGGAUUCUGGGGUCAAUGGACAAGUGACCUGCUCUUUGUGGCCCACUGUGCUUCCUUUCAAGCUGGUAUCUACCUAUAAAAAUUACUACUCUCUGGUGCUGGCUGAAUCCCUGGACCGUGAAGAGAUGUCUGAAUACAGACUGGUGGUGACAGCCCAAGACCAAGGGACUCCAUCACUGUCAGCUAGCAGCAGCCUUGUGGUGCCCAUUGGUGAUGUGAAUGACAAUGCACCUGCUUUUCCUCAGCCUUCCUACACUGUCUUUGUGAAAGAGAAUAAUCCACCUGGUGCUCACGUCUUCACAGUGUCUGCCUUAGACCCAGACUUAGGUGAGAAUGCCCUUGUCAGCUACUGGCUGGAUGAGAAGCUUUGGUCAUUGUCAAGCUACAUCUCAGUGCACUCGGAGAGUGGAAAGGUCUAUGCUUUGCAGCCCUUGGACUAUGAGGAGGUGAAGCUGCUGGAGUUCCAGGUGAGAGCCAAGGAUUCUGGGUUCCCCCCUUUAUGUGGCAACGUCACAAUACAAGUUUUUGUGGUGGAUGAGAAUGACAAUGUGCCUGCGGUAUCUAGGCCAGAAGAGGUGUCCCUUGCUCUGCUGGUAGCCCCUGUCUUGGCUGGACAUGUGGUGGGCAAGGUCCAUGCCCUGGAUGCUGACUCAGGCUAUAAUGCAUGGCUGCGCUAUGAACUGCAUGAGGCAACCAGAGGCCCCUGGCGUGUGGGGCUGUACAGUGGUGAGAUUAGUACAACACGUGCCCUGGAUGAGAUGGAGGGCAGCAGCAGCCAGAGUGUGCUAGUGCUUGUGAAGGAUCACGGCAAGCCAGCACUGUCCACUACAGCCACAUUGAGUGUGUCAUUUGUGGCAAGCACUCAGGUAAUCCAUAGAGAUGCUCACCUUCCUAGAAUGGGAGGGAGUCCAAAGCCAUUGGUGGACAAUGUCAACGUCUACCUGAUUGUUGCUAUCUGCUCAGUAUCCAGCUUGUUCCUGCUUGUGAUUAUAGUAUACAUGGCUCUGCGAUGUCAGUGUCAACCCAAGGAGCCUGUGAUGUAUGGCCCUGGCACAGCCACACUGGUUUGUGCCAGUGAGGUGGGCAGCUGGUCCUAUUCAAAUCGCCACAGCCACAUCCUGGCAGCUGCGAGUGGGGAGCCUGGUGCCAAAAAUGAUCUGAUGGUUUUCAGUCCUGGUAUUCCUUCCAUUGUGGAGAAUGGGAAGCAGCAGGAUCUGCUCUGUGCAACGGUUAGUGCCCUUUCUGAACUAUUUUAUUAUGCAUAUUUGUGUUAUAAUAUUUGUGUAUAUAAUUUUCAUCUGUUUUAUUUUUAA